GGUUUUCCAGCGGGCGGAAGAGGGAAUUAUGACGAAGGCGGAGCUUGAGUGCGCCUCGGCCAGAAGACCCGCGGGUGCGCACGAGAGAGGAAGGCAGCGCGUCGUCUCCUUCAUUAACGCUACAAAUGUCAAAUACAACGAGAUAACUAGUCGCCAAAAAGAAAGCAUGGAGGAGUUACUUUCAUUGAAGUGGAACAACCACCGUUCCACUUUCCUCCACAUUUUGGGAGUUCUCAGGGACAAGCAAUCGUACACGGAUGUGACUCUGGCAUGUGAUGGCAAGUUCUACAGUGUGCAUAAGCUGGUGUUGUCAACAUGUAGUGACUAUUUCUGUGCCAUGUUUGAGAAGACUGCUUGUAAAAGCCCUGUUAUAGUGUUAAAAGAUAUUAAGUGUGAGGACCUUGAGGCCUUGCUAGACUAUAUGUACCUUGGUGAAGUGAAUGUAAGGCAAAGUGACCUAGCGUCUUUGAUAAAGGCUGCCGAAAAUUUACGCAUCAAGGGUCUCGCAGUACCUGAUGAUGAACCUUCUAAUAAAGUUCCGGCGACGUCUGCACCAAACAGAGCUGAACCGGUGAGGAGAGAAGGAGGGAUUGGUAGCCCUCCUGCCAAGCGGAAAAGAAGAGAUGAGGGUGAAGACGGCAGGGAAGAUGUAAGACCGCAGGCCAGUGGUGGCUUACAAACCCCCCCUCCUCCUCCGUCUAGACCAAAGAGCCCUAUUGCCCAGCGCCUGAGUCCUUCCCCCCACAGAACCUCUCAGGAAUCCCCUGCAACAGAUGAUCGUGUCAGCCGUCCCCUCUCGUCGCCAGCAGAAAACCCUGCCUCGUCUCAUGUCACGGCACAAUCUUCCGCACACACCACUGCGUCACAAGCGCAAGCCAGUAGUCAAUUUAGAUCAGAAGAGACUCCCUCCUUUGUCAAAGUGGAAAUGGAGGAAGAAAGUGCCAACGAGAUGCCUGGAGACUCCUACGACCUCAGCGCGGACGGUUACAAGGAAGAAGGCGAUGAUUCUGGAAGUGGAGUGAAUAAUGAUUUACCUGAGUUCCUACAAGCAGCAGCCACUGGAGCCUUAGCUGGUAGCACAGCCUCGUACCCUCACCCUUCCUUUGCCGGGCCCUCUGGCUACCAGCCGGGAGACCUGGCGGGCUGGCAGGGUGAUGGAUCGUCCAUAGGCUUCCCUGCACAUCUUAACUUUAGCACCUCAGACAGUUCUAGUCAACAGAAUGCACCCGGGGUGAGCCCAGGGAGUGUUGGUAGUGGUGGUCAGGGAGGGAGUGGGGCCCCCUCGCUCGGCCGCACGUCUCCGGCCACGAGUUCCAGCACCUGCGGGACGGGCGGAGGGCCUACGCCUGCCAGUUCUGCGGCAAGUGGUUCGCGACGCCCUCCAAGGUGCUGCGCCAUGAGAGGACCCACACCGGCGAGAGGCCCUACGACUGCUCGCACUGCCCGCUCUCCUUCAACCAGCGGGAGAUCCUCAAGAGGCACCUGAGGGCGGUCCACAAGACCCCGACGGCGUGGUGACGCGGCUGGGCGUCGGCGGGGGGCGG